AUUUGCAAUAAUUUUCUACAGAUUUUUUUAAAAGAAAAAAACUAUAAAAGAAAAGUAAUAGAUAUGGAUGAUGAUGAUGGAAUGAUUAUGGAUGAUGAUGACGAUGAUGAUGAUGGAAUAAAUAUAGAUGAAGCAGAUGCUGAAAUUAUAAAAGAUAAAGCGAGAAAUAAAGAUGAAAGAGAUAUUUUUUUAAACUGGAAUAAAACAGCAUAUGUUCCAGAGCCUCAUUUAAUAACUGAAGAAGCAUUUAAUUCUCUUCAGCCAUCAUAUGAAAAAUACUUUUUAAAGUUUUGGCAAAAAUCUGAUGUAGAUGUCAGCAAUAAAGAGUUAACUAAAGUGAUAUCUACGUUGCCUAAACCCACUAAAGAUGUGUUAAUUGAUACAACUGUAUUGUUGAAUCGAAAUAAAAAUAAAACACCUGAUACAACUAUGCUAUCAAACCAUACUAAAUAUCAUCUUUUGAGCAAGCCUAAACGUUUUUCUUGUAUAUCUGAAGCAGAUGCCAGCUUUUAUAUUGCAAAUUACAAUAAAUUGCAGCAUUUAGAUGAUGAAAAGAAUAAACAAAGGUUUAAGGAAAUCCAGCUUCGAAUUACAAAAGAGCAACAAGAAUACCAAAGUUUUCUUCGUUUCUCUGCACAGCAACACCUUAACGACUAUUUAUACAUAAGUUCAAGUAUUAAGGAAAAAUUACAGAAUGAAAACUUUAAAGAAGUUGUGGCAGUACUGGAGCGAAAGAAUGCAUAUUCACAGAUCCAAACCAUAGAAAUAAUUCAAGAAAAUAAAAAAACACCAUUUAAUUUCAUUGGAAAUGUUUUUUCACAGAAACAAGUUGAUAUUUUGAAACCUUCUUCUUGUUUGAAUAACUUAUCACAAAGAAUGAAUCCUUGUGCAAAGUUGAAUUUGAGUGAAAAAGAGAUUCUCAAUUUAAGUGUCACUGAGGAGUCAUCGUUUUAUAUAAAAGAAGAGUCUUUUAUUAAUAUUGUUGAAAGUUUUGUAUUAAAUAAAUGCGAGUGGCUUAUUCCUAUCACUGUAACAAGCAUUAAUGGAAAAAUGACGGUGUUAGUUGAAAAACCAUUCGCAAAAAGAAGUAUAACUGCAAGAGACGCCUAUGCUAAGUAUUAUGAAAAACCUUUAAAAAAUUUGUAUUGUGAUUCGCAGGGCCGCACAGAACCUCGUGGACCGUCUGUUAACGCAUUUUUGUGUGGUGAAUUUAAAUUACUUAUAGAAACUGAAAUCGAUUACAUCGAUCCUUCAACAAACCGAACUUAUUCAUUGUUACCAAAAGCUGAAAUGCAAUGUACAGUCGGUUUUGAACUUUUCUCAGUAGUUGAGCUUUGCAAAGCAUGGUGGAAGAGUAGAAUUGCGAAUACUGAUUUCAUCAUUUGUUCUCGGAUUGAUGUACGAAACGAUUGCUUAGCGCGCACGGAUAUUUACUCUCGUGAGAUGUUAUGUUCUCAUGGUUCUCCAUACAAUCCUAACAUUUAUUUUUCAUAUUUAAAUCAACUGCUGGACAAUUUAUGUAAAUGCGAACCUGGUGAUUAUUUGCUUGAGCGUUCUACAGACAACAAGAAUUUACUUUUGCUUAAAAAAGAUGAUAAAGGUUUGAUCACGUUAGAUAUGAAAUAUAGUGAUAGGGUUUUAAAAAAAGAUUUUUUUAAGGAACUAGAAUUUCCAUGGCUACCAAUUGACUGUAACAUAGGUAACCAGUUGAUUGCAAACAAAGUAAUACCUUGUUUGUUUCCACGAUGCAUUAAAAAACCUUCCAAAAAAUCUAAACGAUCAAGAAAAUCAAAAGCACGAACAAGGACAAAUAUUCCUCUUACUUCAUCAUUAGCUAAUGAAGUCGAUACUUUUAAUGAAGAUCAAAAUCGAUUGAAACGAUCAAGAAAAUCUAGAACACAAAAAAGGACAAGUAUUGCACCUAUUUCUUCGACUUCGGCCAAUGAAGUUGAUUUUUUUAGUGAAGAUGUUCCUCGUGCUUUAACGUUAAAAAAACGACAAAAUAUUACUAAACCAUACAUGAGUACGCACGAAGAUAUAAUAGAGUUUUGAAUUUAAAAAGUCAAACAUGACCGCAUAUAAAACCUAUUUCAGUCUUUUUUUAAACUGAUCUUUUUAUUAUUAAAAAAUUAUUAAUAUUAAAUAAUAUUAAUAGAA